CCGAUGACUGCUUCUUUCUUCCUCGAUUCAGAUAUCCAGCGACAGUAAUAGAGGAAAGCUAGGGUUCCUGCAUCUCUCCGAUCUCAGCUUCAUUUUCUGGCGACCUUAGAGGUAGCUCCGGCUCAUCUCUAGCAAUCCAGAUCAGUUCGAGUUCAUCUUCCAAAAGCUUCGGUCAUCCUUCGGUGUUCUUCAGAAAUCCAGAUCCAACCUUCAGAAGCGUGAGACUUCUUCUCUGAUUCCGGUGCUUCUUCGACAGUUUUUACAGUCCGACCCUCUCUUCUUUGUCAGUAAAAUCUCUUUGAACUCAGCAUUUUCGCAUUUAAGUUCCUUUUCUAGCUAUACAUUUCGUUGGUACAUUUUUUAUUCCUCUUGAUUCCAGAUUAGAAGUGUUAGGGAGCAGAUGAGGUUAGGGCGUGCUGUACCGGAUUUGGUUUCGCUGGGCAACCCCUGCCCCAAUUAGACUUUCUAGGGUUUCUUGCCCAAUUUUCUGGCAAUUUAGCUGAUAAAUAUUGUACAGAAUUUCUUGGUGGCUGUUAAUUUUGGACCUCUGGGAGUGUGUUAUUCUGCUUCUGAACAAGAAAUGCAAUAGCACUCAAUGUCAAUCCCUCAAAUAAUUUCUCAAUUAUGAUUUAGCAUGAAUAAGUUUUAUUUUAUUAGAUUGAUAGUAUGUUAUAUAAUCCAGUAAUUAUUUGAGAAGUAUGCAAUGAGAAUAGUUGGAAUUAGUUUGUUUUUUUUUUUUUCUUGUAAAUGCUCAUCUCAUUGCUUACUAGUUAUGGAAUACAAAUAUAUGGAAUUGAUCUAUUUGAAAAAUUAGUUAGCAAUCUGGUGAAUGAAUUCAAUGAACUUUUAAUGAAUUAAAUCUAAGAUAAAAAGGUAAAUUGUACAGGUGAACCUGUCUGAUCACCAAAUCAGAAAUGGCAGCAUCAAGAUUUGGGGGAAGCAUUUUGAAAUAUGCAUAUCAUCUAAACCUUACCAAUACAACUCCUGCACAGUUCUGUUUCUCCAGAGGCUUCUCUUCUACCUUGUUUGUCAAAGGUAUAUCUUUUAAAGCCACAGAGUUCACUUUAGCUGAGUCAUUUUCAAAAUUUGGCAAAGUAAUUGAAGCAAAGGUAAUAAUGGAUAAAAAUAAAAAGAGAUCUAAAGGUUAUGGGUAUGUGAGCUUUGCUACAGAGGAGGAAGCAAGUAGGGCUUUGACAGAAAUGAAUGGGAAGUUAUUAGAUGGACGAGUCAUCUUUGUAGACAAAGCCAUGGAUAGGCGAAAAUUACGAGAUGCCAACAAGUUAAUAGCAAAUUUAAUUGGGGGCACGCCAAAUGAAGGCGAAGUAGAGAAGAAGUAAUGAACCUGUGACGAAUUUGAAUAGCAUUUCGCCACACGAAUUUGAAUGGUUUUAUCUCAUGCCUGAGUGUGAACACAUUUUCAAGAAAGUAUUUGGCCAUAAGAAUGGGAAAACAGGUUCUUGUUGCAUCUCUAAAAAAAAUUCAUAUGUAGGGCUGAUCAUGAAAAUCUGUCAUCCCUUCAAGUAACUCAUGUUGCAGAUUCCCUUCAUCACUAAGAUCUGCCAAGUAGCUCCUGAUGGUAAGAAUGAGAAGGAUGGUCAGAAUUGAUUGUACCCUUCAGUUUUCCUCUUUCUCAAAUUUGGCUAUUAAUGGAGAUAAAAAUUUAUCAAUUGU